CGCUGUCGGCUGGGGAAGGGGAGUGAGCCUGUUGGGGUGUGUUGAAGCGGCUUGUUGUGAGGGGCAGGGAGGCAGUGCUGGGGGGAGGUUUGAUGGCUCCAAUGGGGGUGAGUGUGUCCCGGGGCCGGCUGCUGCUCUGCAUCCUGCUGUGCACCGGUAUGAUCUAUUACCUGUACUCCAGGUUCGGCAGCACGGCGCUGGAGAGCGCCCAGGGGAGGGUGGAUCUCCGCCAGCUCCUGUCCGUGGCCAUCCGGGCGGCGGAGGAAGGAGGCAGAGCCGUGCGGGAAGUCAAGGAGUCGGACUCCCUCCACCAGAGGUCCAAAGGGAAAACCAAAGAGGGCGCGGACGAGAUGGUGACCAGCGGCGAUUUGCUCUCGCACCGCAGGAUGACCAGUUUGUUCAGGAACACAUUCCCAGACAUCAAGCUGAUUUCAGAGGAACAUGACAACUCUGAAGUAGAUAAAAGUCUUACAUGGAAUUAUGAAAUCCCUACUUUAAUCCAAGAAAGCAUUGGCGAUGCUAGAAUGGUACCAACAAAAGCAGUAACAAUAUGGAUUGAUCCAUUGGAUGCAACUCAGGAAUAUACAGAGGAUCUGAAAAUUUAUGUAACCACUAUGGUGUGUAUAGCUGUACAUGGAAAGCCAAUCAUUGGAGUUAUACAUAAACCCUUUUCAAAAUACACAGCUUGGGCUAUGGUUGAUGGUGCAUCAAACGUUCAUCCACGGAAAAUGUACAAUGAGAAGACACCUACAGUGAUUGUCUCCAGAUCCCAUGCAGGAGCAGUGCAGUCUUUCAGCAAAGGAGCUUUUGGAAGUAACACCACUGUUAUCCCUGCUGGUGGAGCAGGAUACAAAGUUCUUUCACUUUUGGAUACUAGAGAAGACAUACAACCUGACAGUGCAGAUUUGUACAUCCACGUCACCUUCAUUAAGAAGUGGGACAUUUGUGCCGGUAAUGCCAUCCUGAAAGCUCUAGGGGGGCAUAUGACAACAAUUGAAGGAGACAACAUUGAUUACAGUGACUCUCCUUCCAAUUCUGGUGGACUUGUAGCAACUGUUGGGAUAGAUCACCAUGCUUUGCUUAAACGAUUACCUGACCUUAAAAAUCUUGCUCCCAAAAUGUAGACUUUAGAGAAACUGAGAAAAAAGUCUUCUUGCUGUUUUGCUCAUUGUGGUGAAAAUCAGCAUAUUCUGCACAAUAUUUCACAUCUAAUGUCAAUGGAUUUGUUCAGCAUUGACUAGGAAGCCUAAUCAACUCCAGGGUCUCCUGAAGCCAUUCUUAUUGUUCAGAUGAUUACAAAUUCUAACUUCAACUCUAUUUCCCAAAAACAUAUCAUCUUGUUUAAAUGACAGGCCCACACCACUUUGAGCAUUCUUUUUACAUAUGGAAUUGUUAUUUAAAUGAACCUUUCACUGUGAUAUUUAAAAUUGUAAGUCUACAUCGUGGGGUAAGCUAUUUACAGCUGAAUGCUUAACCUGAAUAGUUAAUGUUCAGUUGACAUUUUCUUUAAUGUAUUGGAACAUGAACUCACUGUGACAGAAUAAUUCUCCAUGUAGUGAGCUUAUAUCAUCUGGGUUAUCUGGGCAGAUGAGACAUGGAGACUUGACUGGAAAUGGGGUGGAAAGGAAUAUAAUUGGUAGAAAACUGGUCAGAAACUAUGUCACGCAUAUCUUAGAAUUUGGUUAAGGAGCAAAAUAUAUCACCUGGUCCAAUGUUAGCUGGCAAUUGAUGUGUAGCAUACAGAGUCUUGUAGGGAUGAGGUAUCUAUUCACCAAAGAAUGGGAAAGUUCCACGAUAUUCAACACUGGUAACUGUUGCGAAGAUACUUGAAAUUUAAUUUGCUGCUUUCCAAAAAAAAUUGUUGAUGCCAGAUUAAAUUCUGUACCAGCCCUAUACAUUGGUCUCUGCUGAAGAGCAAUACCAUGAUCAUAGACCACGUAUCUUGCAGCCAAAUUAAAUUUAAAUACAAUUUUCCCAUAGCAUUCUAUUUUGUGAAACCUUUAGAAGAAAGUGAGGACUGCAGAUGCUGGAGAUCAGAGCUGAAAAUGUGUUGCUGGAAAAGCGCAGCAGGUCAG